CGGUGUAAGUAUCGUGUCCCACCCAAAUCAGCUGUUGUCACUCUAGUAAGGCCGGCCGGCAGUUAGUCGUCGCUGAACUGUUUACGGUGACGCAGCCUUCUCUGUAAGUAGGCUACUUUUAAUCUGUUAAUAAGUAUGUGCAUUUCUUACGAUCACAAAAUAUUAUUAGAUGGUUCUGUAAAGUGUUUCGAUUAUCAGCAGCGCCGAUUGUUAGCGAGGAGACUUCACUUCACGGAUGACGUUGUGUUGUGAGAAGUUCAUCUGAACUCUUGUUAUUUUUGUUGUUUGCCAAGUUUUAUAAUGUCUACCGGUAAGCGUUUGGCGAAACGUUCCAUCAUAGGAACUCGUGUCUGUGCUCCCGGCGAGGACGGGAAGUUUUAUUCCGGAGUUAUUCAGGCCGUGAAAACGCCGGCAAAUGUUUCCGAAAACAACAACUCCAUCAAUUUGACGCCGAAUACCAGAUAUACUGUUCGUUUCGACUCGCGACAAGGAAAUUUGGGAAGAACAACUGCCGAAUUCUACGAACAGGAUCUCAUCGGCCCCGGUUUUCAGUCUGUACUGGGCGUUGAACUUGUGGGUGGACAGAAAUGUUUUGUGACUCACAAUGGCAGAGAGAUCUGCGGAGAGGUCUGCAAACAUUAUGCCGAAACUGAUGAGGUUAUCAUAAGAAUCCAGCCUGUAGGAAUCGAGGCCCCAUUCGAGGUGCAAAAACGCUUAGAAGAGGUUCGCCUCUUGGAAUCGAGAAAAUCUGCUCGAUUGGCCGAUCAGGACACCGACUUUGCACGAUUGGCCGAUAUGGCUGGAGACAGAAAAAGAACUGGUUCGCAAAUCAUCGACGUACCGGUACCAUCUUCUCACCAUGGAUCUCGGAAAAGACGACCGAGCUUCAGCCAAGAAGACAACCUAAAAGACAAUCAAAUGGAUGAAUGUAAUGCUGCUUUGGUCUUAAUGAGUUUGUCUUGUUCUCCUCAUUCCCCGAAUUUCAACGGUUUUCAAUUCCUAGGAACAUCACCUGGCAGCACUAGCAGUUCAGCCUCAUACAGAUCUACUCCAUCACCGCCUCCACUUGCGCAUUCUUCUCCUUUCCCAACGUCCCUUUCAUACAGUUACGAUGAAGGUAUAGUAAUGGAUUACUACCUUGAUGAUUUGCCGAGAAAGAAAAAGAAUUUCACUCGGAUAGUUUUUCAGUGCACAUGGCCAAGCUGUAUGAUGAGCACAGAUACCUGUGAAGCCAUCGAGGCUCACAUUAGACAGGAACAUUUGAAAGGAAAAGUUUGUGAAGAUUCUGAGGAGGAGUUUUAUUACACCGAAAUCGAAAUAGGCCAGACCAGCCCACCACCUACUCUCUCUCAUCAGGACAUGGCCAGACCCUUCCACGAAGAUCCGGACUAUCAGAGGCAAUUGGUUGGAAGUAUGCGUCAAAGCCUCUUGAACAAUCUCCCCUUACCUCAAUCACCAAACAAGCAAAUUAAGCUUUCACCUCGUCCGAAUAGUCCUAAAACACCGGUUUCACCCAGAAGAGUCAGAGGCGAAAACAAAAAGUGCCGUAAAAUUUACGGAAUGGACCAUAAAGAUCAGUGGUGCACCCAAUGCAAAUGGAAGAAGGCGUGCGUCAGGUUCGGCGAAUGCGCUAAAACUAGUGAUCAAAAAUAGGUGUUCUGACUGGGACAAAAAAGGUGCGAACUACCUUGAUCUCAAACCACUUGAUGAAAGUACAAUUCAUGACGUUUUCUUAAUUAUGGCAGAUCUGUUACUCAAGCUAAUACUGUGUUCUGUAAAAAGGUACCUAACGUAUCAAAUUGAUGGACAUUGUAGCUCUUCGAGUGCUUAACUUGGUAGAGUUUUAUCAAUUGACUUCCACAAAUUGAAAUUUCCUCAAAUUGGAUACAAAUACAUAAAAUUAGUAAGCUUCAAGAAAGGUCUGAAGAAAAUGGGCACAACUAAAUAAUUUAUAUUCAGUACAUUAAUAACAAUCAACUAAUGGUCAAUUUAAUUAUGGUGCGUCUAUCACAUCUGCGUCUGCAAGUAUCGGUGGCUUGUUAGAAAUAACUCAGUGAUAGAAAUAUUAUCAUUCUCAUCCAGCUAAGCUUGCUUUAAGCUCCAACACCUGAUAAUGUUUCUAACCAUCAGCACUCAGUAACAAAUAGGUAACGUCUAGUGUCUGCGUUAUCACAUGUGACCAAUGUAAAAAAAAUAGGAGAUAGCCCAAUUGUUGAAAAGUAAUUGAACUUGGGUUUUUCAAAUUUUAGUUGCCCAUAUUCUUCAAUUCUUUCUUGAUUCAAAAACUUUUCAACCAAUUCAACGAAAAUCUGGCACGAAAACCUGUGUUAUCCAUUCGAACUGACGUGUAUCAUAAUAUCAACUAACUGAAAAAAAACCUCUUUCGAAUCAAGAAUACAGAUAGAAAGUCUCCUCAAUGUGAGAUUGAUGUUAUACUUAGUUGAAAUGUUAAAUUUAAAAUACAUAGAAAUAUGAGUUGAAAGGGUUAUAUUUUUAGGAGUGAUACAUUUUUGGGGAAAGAAAGUUUUUGGCUUUCUACUACUACAUCUUGA